AUGAGCGUAUGUACAAAAUGUACGACUGCAUUUCCAGCUGGAUCUCGCAUUACAGAAUUCGAUGGUAAACAAUAUCAUCCGGAAUGUUUUUCUUGCGUUGAUUGUAAGAAAGGAAUUACAUCGCAAUUCUAUCCAUUUAAUAGUGACUAUUUAUGUGCGGCAUGUCAUGAACAACGUUUUCCACGUAAACGUUGCGGUAAAUGUAACGCAGUGAUUACAUCGGCCGGUAUUACAUUUGCUGGCGCUUCUUAUCAUGCGGCUUGUUUCUUAUGUGUAACAUGCAAACAGCCAAUAUCGGCUCAUUCGAAAAUUUCAAUGGUCGACGGUCAGCCUUGUUGUGCUAAAUGCUAUGAAGAUUCACAUGCAAAACGGUGUAGUCUUUGUCAGAAACCAAUUAUUGCCGAUGUUGAAUAUCUUGAAUUUGAAGAUAAAUAUUGGCAUAAAGAAUGUUUUACAUGUUCAAAAUGCCAGAAAUGUAUCGCCGAAGAAAGUUUUUAUCAAGAUGGAAAUUUAAUUUUAUGCAAAGAUUGCAUUUAA